CUGAGUGGCGGUUGAACACAGUCACAGAGCACAUUUUCAAAACAAGAACGUAUACUGCUGGAUGACAGAACAUCACACCAACAACACACACUGAAGAAAACCACUUGCAGUGUUGUCUGCUCAACGAAAUAAUACAGACACUGACUUGGCAACACAUGACUGAGGACCUGGCUGGAGUCAAGACAGAGGGAUCAUUUGUAAGAGGCGGGCUGACUCCUAUGCAACCAUGCUGAAAUCUUUCAACCUCUUGAAGCAGCUUGGCUCUGUGGGGAAGUCACAGGAUGCCACAGAUCUUCUCACAGAAGAUCUGGUUAUGGUGGAGCAGCGGGUGGAGCCAGCCAAGAAGGCAGCGCAGGUUAUUCACAAGAAGCUACUGGGCUGUCUGCAGAGUCAACUAGGGCUGGACACAGAGAGAAGAAUGAAAAAACUCCCUCUCAUGCUGCUCUCUGUUAGCAUGGCUGAGAGCUUUAAAGACUUUGAUCCAGACUCUUCUAUCAGGAAAGUAUUGGAGAUGUGUUGCUUCAUGGAGAGUCAUCUGGCCGCAACACUGUCUGACUUUGAGCUGAAGCUGGAGAAGGAGGUUUUGGAACCUCUCAAUAAACUCAGUGAGGAAGACCUUCCAGAGAUUCUCAAAAACAAGAAGCAGUUUGCCAAACUCACAAUGGACUGGCACAAUGCACGCAACAAGUCCCAGGCCAGUACGGGACCUCAGGCAAAGCAGGAUGGGCUGAAAGAGGAGGUGGAGGAGGCCUGGAGGAAACUGGAGAGCAUCAAGGACCAAUACUCUGCAGAUCUGUAUCACUUUGCCACUAAAGAAGAUGACUAUGCCAACUACUUCAUUCGUCUGCUGGAACUACAAGCAGAACAUCAUAAGAAUUCCCAUGACUUCCUCGAACGAAAUAUCAGUGAGCUGAAAGACAGUCAAACAGACUCCCAGGAGAAUAACUAUAAGGGGAAGGUUUACGGGGAGCCCCUGCUGACUCAUCUGUACAACAGUGGCAGGGAGAUCGCUGUUCCCAUCCAGGAGUGUGUUCACAUGCUGCUGCACACCGGCAUGAGAGAGGAGGGUCUGUUUCGUCUGGCAGCAGCAGCCUCGGUAGUGAAGAGACUGAAGAGCAGUCUGGAUGGAGGGGUCGUGAACCACAGUGAAUUCACUGACCCUCAUGCAGUCGCAGGGGCUUUGAAAAGCUACCUGAGAGAGCUGCCUGAACCACUCAUGACCUUUGAACUCUACAAUGAUUGGUUUCAAGCAGCAGGGGAGAAAGAAUUGACAGACAAACUUGAGCAGUUUAAAAUUGUGCUGAAGAAGUUACCAUCAGAAAACUACAACAACCUCCGGUACCUGGUACAGUUCCUGUCGUGCCUGUCAGAGCAGCAGUCAGUUAACAGGAUGAGUCCCAGUAACAUUGCCAUAGUACUGGGUCCCAACCUGCUGUGGCCUCGUAUGGAGGGGGAGGCAGCACUGUUGGACAUGGCAUCUGCCUCCUCCGUCCAGGUGGUGGCGGUGGUUGAGCCUCUCAUACAACACUCCAGCAGCCUGUUUCAUGAAGAGGUGGACUUUGAGAUUCCUGAGCUUCCUGGGGUCCCAGAUUUGAAAAUGUUAGAACCUCAAACUUCAGAGUCUGGGAAAGAGAACCUUGUCAGAAUGACCUCCUCCUCUUCAUCAUGCGCUUCCUCUUCCUCUUCUCAUGCUUCUCUCUGUAAAACAAUCAGCUCAGCAUCUCAGGACAGUGGAGGUUUUUUCAUCAUUAAGUCAGGCUCCAUUAGUCGUAGAACCACCACCUGGGGGAACCCUGCCUCAGACCCACCAUGCUCAACCCCACUUAACCGUACCCCAGUCCAUACCCAGAGCCCGUCCCCUGUCCCAAGCCCGACACUGGUCCACAACCCAUCCCCACUACCCAACCCCAAACUGGCACCUGGCCCAACCCUGGUUCCCUCCCCACCACCAGUGUCUGUCUGCAGUCCGACCCAGAAGCAGAGCCCUGAAUUGGGCUCACUAGAACCCAUCCUAGAGGCCCCACCGGACUCCCCCAGAGCUACACUGAAGAUCACCUCACCAUACAAACCGAGGAAAUCCUUCCUUCAACACAUGCCGCCCAUCCAGAGUAAAGAGCAGAUGGUCGUUACAUACUCCAAACCCAGGGCCCCAGCACCUCUAGCACCAGCAGAGACACCCAAAACCCAGCUACAACCUACACCCAAGCCCCUUGCUCCAGUCCUGAAGAAGACCUUAAGCAAAAAGGGUGCAAUUAGGCCACCCCAAAUCCCACCUCCCAAGCCCCCAGUACUGGAAAGCAAACAGGUGACCUCUAUAGCGCAGUGAGGGGGUAGAGAUACACUAUAUACUGUAUACAAAAGUAUGUGAACCCCUUCAAAUUAGUGGAUUUGGAUAUUUCAGCCACACCCAUUUGUUUAUGUGUAACUCUGUGUUGUUUUUGUUGCCCUGCUUUGCUUUAUCUUGGCCAGGUCGCAGUUGUAAAUGAGAACUUGUUCUCAACUGGCCUACCUGGUUAAAUAAAGGUGAAAUAAAAUAAAAAUACUGACAGGGUGUAUACAAUCAGGCACACAGCCAUGCAAUCUCCAUUGUCAAACAUUGUCAGUAAAAUGGCCUUACUGAAGAGCUCAGUGACUUUCAACAUGGCCUCGGAUUCCACCUUUUCAACAAGGCAGUUCAUCAAAUUUCUGUCCUGCUAGAGCUGCCAAGGUCAACUGUGAGUGAUGUUAUUGCGAAGUGGAAACGUCUAGGAGCAACAACGGCUCAGCCACGAAUUGGUAGGCCACACAAGCUCACAGAAUGUGACCGCUGAGUGCUGAAGCACGUAAGGCGUCAAAAUCAUCUGUCCUUGGUUGCAACACUCACUACAGAGUUAUAAACUGCCUCUGGAAGCAACGUCAGCACAAUAACUGAUUGUCCGGAGCUUCAUGAAAUGGGUUUCCAUGGCCGAGCAGCCACACACAAGUCUAAGACUACCAUGCACAAUGCCAAGUGUCGACUAGAGUGAUGUAAAGCUCGCCGCCAUUGGACUCUGGAGCAGUGGAAACGCUUUCUCUGGAGUGAUGAAUCACUCUUCGCCAUUUGUUAGUCCAACAGACAAAUCUGGGUUUGGUGGAUGCCAGGAGAAUGCUACCUGCCCCAAUGCAUAGUGCCAACUGUAAAGUUUGGUGGAGGAGGAAUAAUAGUCUUGGGCUGUUUUUCAUGGUUCGGGCUAUGCCCCUUAAUUCCAGUGAAGGGAAUUCCUAAUGCUGCUGCAUACAAUGACAUUCUAGACGAUUCUGUGCUUCCAACUUUGUGGCAACAGUUUGGGGAAUGUUCUUUCCUGUUUCCGCAUGACAAUUUCCCCGUGCACAAAGUGAGGACCAUACAGAAAUACAGUCGAGAUCGGUGUGGAAGACCUUGACUGGCCGGCACAGAGUCCUGACCUCAUCCUCAUCGAACACCUUUGGGAGGAAUUGGAACGCCGACUGCAAGCCAGGCCUAAUCACCCAACAUCGGUGCCUGACCUCACUAACGCUCUUGUGGCUGAGUGGAAGCAAGUCCCUGGAGCAAUGUUCCAACAUCUAGUGGAAAGCCUUCCCAGAAGAGUGGAGGUUGUUAUAGCAGCAAAGGUGGGACCAACUCCAUAUUAAUGCCCAUGAUUUUGGAAUGAGAUGUUUGACGAGCAGGUGUCCACAUACUUUUGGUCAUGUAGUGUAUAGUGUAUUAUCUAAGCCUGUGUAAAGAAGUGUUCUUACGCUUUAGGUACAAAUGUUGACUGUAACCUGACAUUUGGAGUAACCUGCUUUGGGUUGCAUAUCAAGGCCAGAGAUGUAUUGUGCUUUUGCAGCCAGUUCAACUCUUAGAGAAAAAGUGCUUUGUAGUUUGAGAGCUACCAUACAUGCAUUAUAUGUUGUGAUUUCUUUAGUGCAUGUUUUGUAUCACAGUUGUAUGAAUGUUUUCAGACAUGUAAAUAAAGUAUUAAUGCCCAUG